ACUUGCGUGUCACAGUAAUAGAAUUUUACUCUUUUAUAUUAGAAUAAUAACGAGUUUUUCCUCGGAAAGACUUUAAAUAGUUCCUUAACUGAUCAAAAGUAUACACACGUAAAAGUUUAGAGUGAACAUUCUUUUAUUUUCUCUUUAAUGACAUAGAUGGCGCUUUUAAACGCAAGGGAUAAGGUUUUAUUUGUUUUAGCUCUUGCGCUUCCUGUGAUGUUAUAAGGAAAAGACUUCUCUUAACUUACACAGCAAAUGAAGGAAUGGAUUAAAUCAGAACGAGGGGGAAAAUGAAACUGAAAAAGAAGUCGGGAAAUUUAUUCGCUUUUAAAGAGAGGUGUUGAAAUUAUUUUCUUUUUCUUAAAAUGACGACGCGAAUCGAAUAUUUAAAAUAAAUGAAGUAUCGUUUGAUUUUCUCAAGUUUGAAAGUACUUGGAAAAAUAAUUUAAGAAAAAUGAUUUUCGGAAAGAUCGUUUGCCACACACCUCAUUGAAUCGAUUGAUGCGCAGCAUAUACGCGCACAAAUGAUUUCACCGAACAUCUUGUGUGUUUAUAUUCGGUGACAAAUACUUUUUAGUUUCUGAGAAGAACAGACGCUUCUACUCAGAGCGGCAUCUUUGCUCACGUUGUCGGUGAAAACGAGGCGUUUUUGACAAAUGCUGCCAUGAUGCAGAUAAGUAUUUUCUUCAGAAAGAAUGCUUGUUUCCUCAGGAGAGUUUUGCUUUUUAAAAUAAUGCUUUUGAUAAAUUUGAUUUUAAAUUGAUGAAGCACAAAAUAUUGUUAGCAUGCUUUUACCUACCUGGUGCACAUUUGAGUCUCCGGGAUCCUGAUAUAGUUUACAUUAAAUGCCAUUUAAAUGAAUCGCUUGAACUGUAGCUUGCUUUUAAGCACACGUAAAUCUGGAAGUAUAUCUUCCGGAUUUAAAUCGUUUGCUUAAAGAAAUCGUCAUUAUCGUUUACUUAAUGAAAAGUAAAUAUAAACUCUCCAAUAUAUUAUUUUUAUUUUUAAUAUUUUGUUAGGAAAUAUUCAUUUUCAAAAUUAAGAAAGUAAUGGUUUCUUAAUUGGUUAGUAGAAAAAUGACAAAUAUUUUUUAUUCUGAGAGAGAGGAUGAUGCAUUUUUUUUUUAAAAUAAUUAAUUCUAAAUGAACUGCUUGAAGGAAAGAAUUCGUAAGUUUUGUCAAACAAGCGUAGUGACCGAAAAUUUUAACAUUUUGAAAUAAAUUAAAGCUAAAUAAUUCAUGAGCAAUUUAACCAGAGCUUUGACAUGCGUGUCUGAGACUUAUAGUUAGUUAGACUGAUAGAGUUUCAUUAAGAGCUUAGUUAAUGCUGAGCACUUUGCUAUACAUAGCUGGAGAUAUAUAUAUAUAUUUUAUUGCACAAAAUUAUAUUUGUAACGCACAUAAAAAAUCAGAUUCAUAAAUAAUGUAUUUUCAAACUAAAUCGCAUAAUUAGUGCACAAAAUGGGAUCACUUUAAACGUAGAUUCUGAAAUAAACUCAUGAUGUUUAGAAACUUCCGGAAACCUUUAAUGCACCAUUUUGCCUUGAAUUAUACAUUCCAUUAACUUUGAUGCAAACAUUUACAACUAUGACGAAAUGAAUUUUCAAAUGGUGACUUUUGGAUACAUUCUUUCUUGCCACUGAGAAAAGAACUUCACAACCUAUUUUAAAAUGCCAGUGAAAAGAGGACAUGUUGCUCCUCAAAAUAUAUUUAUUGACAGUAUAAUUCGAAAGUUCGAUGGCUUGAAUCGUAAGUUCCUAGUUGCCAAUGCUCAAGUGGAGAAUUAUCCGAUAAUUUUCUGUAAUGAUGGUUUUUGCGAGAUGGUGGGAUGGAGUCGGGCUGAAAUCAUGCAGCGGUCGUGCAUCUGCGAGUUCCUACAUGGUCCCCUUACCAGUUCAGUGGCUGUCUCACAAAUCAAAGAGUGCCUCUCUUCUUGUCACGAAAAACAACUCGAGAUCUUAUAUUACAGGAAAGAUGGAACAAGGUUCCUAUGCAGUCAGGUGACGGCACCGAUUCGCAAUGAAGAGGGCCAGAUAUGUAUGUUCAUCGUAAAUUUCGAAGACAUUACGAAUGCCCCCUAUCGAGAUGCUACAGUAUCUCCUCUUCCACGUCCAGCCAGAAUACUAUUGAACAGAUUUCCUGCUUUAUGGCGACUGGUUCCACGAAGUCUGAAGCCUGGGUAUGCCAGAGAUUUACCACGAAAAGCUUAUCAAGACCGAUGGAAGAAGAUUCAGUUAAAGCUAUCUCGAGGGAGUGGUGGCCAUACAGAGGACCAAGAAUUGGCUGUCGAAUCUCCUGAGUCCAUCCAUAGGAAUACGAGAAGUCACGUUGUUAAUAUCGCAGCAACUUCAGGGAAAGAGACAGACUCACAGUCAACUAAAGGGGACUAUGCAGCACCCAGGGGACCAUUCUCGACGACUAUAGACAUGGAAAAUGACAACUCACAUGCCAAGCAAUUUACCACGCGGCAACCCGAUUUCGCAGUAUCACAACCAGAUCUGAAGAGACAUUGUGAGCUUUCAAUUGCAACUCAAAAAGCUACAGCCAACAAUCUUGUGAAGUCUCUUCCAAAUGCAUCUUCUGACUCGGAUCUUCCCAGAUACCGGCACAAGUCCCCAUCCAUCAGCAAUGACACCCCCGAAGGUUUUGUAACGGGUGGGUCGAUAAGGCCGGGGGGAAAGGACAACAGCCAAUCCUCCACGACGUCCAAGUUCCUCAGGGAUAUGCAGGCCCACAGCAAGCAUCAUGUGGGGGAAAAAGUGGCGCAGUUAAAGAUUUUGGGAAAAGUUGCUCUUCCUCUUCAUCAAGAACCAACUUGGGUCCUCUCCUUGGGAGCUGAUGUGUUGCCCGAAUACAAACUUCAGAAACCACGUGUCCACAAGUGGACCAUCCUUCAUUAUUCACCGUUCAAAGCAGUCUGGGACUGGAUUAUCCUGUUGCUCGUCAUAUAUACAGCAAUCUUCACGCCAUACGUCGCGGCCUUCUUGCUGAAUGAGGAGCGACUGGACAAUGAUGGCCCCAUUGUCUACAUCGACCUCAUCGUAGACGUCAUGUUCAUCAUCGAUAUCGUCAUCAACUUUCGCACCACUUACGUCAACUCGAAUGAAGAAGUCGAAGGCCACCCGUGUAAAAUCGCCGUCCACUAUCUCCGGGGAUGGUUCAUCAUCGACGUGGUGGCCGCCAUUCCAUUUGAUCUACUGCUGGUUGGAAAAAACUCCGAUGAGACAACAACCCUGAUCGGCCUCCUGAAAACUGCCCGACUAUUGAGGCUAGUGCGGGUGGCCCGGAAAAUCGACCGUUAUUCGGAGUAUGGAGCCGCCGUUCUUCUUCUGUUGGUGGCAACUUUUGCGUUGAUUGCCCAUUGGUUAGCUUGCAUUUGGUACGCUAUUGCGAACGCGGAACGAGGUACACAAGAACCGAAGAUUGGGUGGUUGGACGCUCUUGCUAACAUGACGCACCAAUACUACAACAACUCCCAUGGUGGACCUAGCAUCAAAUCCAAGUAUGUGACAGCACUUUACUUCACAUUCUCAAGCCUUACCAGCGUUGGAUUUGGAAACGUGUCACCCAACACCAACAUGGAGAAAAUAUUUGCCAUCAUCGUCAUGCUAGUCGGAUCGCUCAUGUAUGCCAGUAUAUUCGGUAAUGUUUCAGCAAUCAUCCAACGAUUGUAUUCAGGUACUGCGCGGUAUCACACACAAUUACUACGCGUCAAGGAGUUCAUAAGGUUUCAUCAGAUUCCCAAUCCACUUCGUCAAAGGCUUGAAGAAUAUUUUCAACAUGCCUGGACCUACACGAAUGGAAUCGAUAUGAACAUGGUACUGAAAGGGUUUCCGGAGUGCCUCCAAGCUGACAUCUGUUUGCAUCUAAACAGAAAUCUGCUCAAUACAUGUCCCGCCUUUAAGGGAGCAAGUCCCGGAUGUCUGAGAGCUCUAUCCAUGAAGUUCAAAACGACACACGCACCACCUGGUGAUACCUUGGUGCAUAGGGGGGAUGUACUUACAUCACUUUACUUCAUUUCUCGAGGGACCAUUGAGAUCAUGAGGGAUGACACCAUUCAGGCGAUUUUAGGAAAAAAUGACAUUUUUGGUGAGAAUCCCUGCAUUCAUACGAGUGUUGGCAAAUCAAGCUGCAAUGUGCGGGCACUCACUUAUUGUGAUCUGCACAAAAUUCUUCGAGAAGAUCUUUUGGAUGUUCUCGACAUGUAUCCUGAAUUCCAAGAAAACUUCUCUGCCAAUCUCGAAAUUACCUUUCCCCUCAGAGACGAAGAUCAAGCUGGUGUCGAUCCAGAUCUAUUUAGGUGCAAGCAGAGCUACAGGCCAGCUAGUAUUUCGGAAGAUGAAGAUCCACGCACUUAUGCCUAUCAGUAUCCUAGACCGAGAAGAAAACGAGCCACUCGUCAAUCCUAUCUCGGUGAAGGAAUUGCAGGUUUUAGCGAUGACGAGGAUGACCGUCAACGAUUCAGUGGUUAUGGCACAAUCGAAUUCAGUCCAGACAAAGCAGGACAAGAUGUCACACCCGCAAAUUUGAAUUUUGAAAACAGAGAGGAAAAGAAACAUAGUCUGAGAAGCUCCAUUUCUGGCGUAGCAGAAAGUGUAACGAACUUAACAAGUGCCAUGUUUGGGGGUAGCAGUAACAAUUCUAAAGCUCAUUCCAGAUCUCAAAGUCCUCCUGCUAAUUCCAGAAGAACAAGUGCUCAAGACCUGAGGGUCGAAAUAUGGACACGACCUGCCACACUGACACGUUCUUCCACUUCUCUGAAGCACUUCAAGGAAAAACCUCUUCAGCACGGAACUCCUGAACAAGCUGCUGUAAGUAGCUCAGUUAGUUCGCAUGCAUCAAGAAAAAUGGCGUUUAUUGUGAGCUCCGCCGAUGGUCCAAUCAGUGCCUCCAUUUCAAACUCUCUGCUGGAUAAUGAAGAAGCAGCAGCAGAGGGUGAUGUGGAUGAUGAUGAUGAAGUAGACAAAGGUGAAUCCAUUCUCUCUGGAAAACAAAGAUCCAGAUUGUCCAAAUCAAGUCAUGGCCGGCCGACGACAACGAGUUCUGCUCCGUUGACCACAACCAGUGGUCUGAAGUCCACUUCUUCUUCAAUGACCAUUCCAUUAUCCUGUAGUUCAAGUAACGCCCACACACCAGCUGAUGACCUUAGUCCAGAACAUCCUUUGUGUGAUCAGACUUCUGAUGAGCUUUUAAAACUGGAUGUUCGAAUAGACGAUCUGGCCAAACAAAUCCAAGGCUUGGACAACAGAAUAAGCACCGAGAUGCAAGGUCUCAUUCAGUUGCUCAAUCGGCUAAUCGAGUUGCAAGGUUUACCUCCUGUAGAAAUUGCUCCAUCCAUUCCAGUUAGCACAGGCGCCACAUCUAAGAAUUUGCCACCCCAAACCAUGAUGCCGCUGCCAUUUCGCUCAAGUUCAAUACAACUUCCGCUCACUGAGAAAUCAAGAAUUCGUGUCUAUCGAAGAGCGAUCAGCUUGCAGAGCACACCAGUGCCUGUCGAUAGUUCGCUGCGGCAAAUAAUCGGACGGGGAAGCAAAUCACAGGAAGAAUUAGUUGAUGAUAUUCCCGAAGUAAUCGAUGAGGAACCUAUUCCAUUAACUUCAUAUGCCAAAACUGUUCCCCCAUCACCAGUCGUCAAAGUUGAUCCACCCACUUCUGCGGAGAGGUGUCGUUCCCACUCAUCCUAUUUUUAUCAGUCGAAAGUAAAAGAAGACCAAGAUGGUCGGUUCCCUGAGAAAAUAGAACUCAAAUCCUUAGACUUGAAAAACUAUAAAACAUUUCCAGAAGUUCUGUCUACUGAGCAAACAGCAAAAGCAGACUCAAAUAUCAGUGUUUUAUCAGAGAAGCUGUCAAUGGAAGAAUCACAGAUAAGGAGUUUCCUUCAUUCGUCCUCCAAAUCAGAAGCUCGAAGCAGAAGCGUUGAGGACCUUCCCAACAGACCCAAAACCUUCGUCUUCAGAGACUCAAAGUCUUCAGAUGUUUAAUUGAUGGAUAUUUUCCGUCAUAAUUAUAUGAGGACGCUAGUCAACAAACUUUCCGUCAAUUGCUGAAGGUUUUAAGCAUAUUUAAUUUAGUUUUGAGGUAUUAUGUGUAAAUCCGAACGCAAUUCGUAAUGGCGAACUCUCACAUUUCAUACAGAAUGAAAAAGCUUACGUUGAUAGACAAUCAGAUUAUAUAAAUUUUUCCACAUUAAUACACUUUAUGUUGAUA